CAGGGCUGGCAAACAUGAAGCAGGUAUUCAUCAGCGUCGCGCUUGCCGUGCUAGUGGCGGCGGCGGCCGACGAUGCGCUCCAGGUCCAGUACAGGAGGCACCAUCGGCGCCACCAACCAUCCCCACCCUCGCCGCCUCGAGCACCACCCACGCCGCCGCCCACCACCAACAUGAACAACAACCCUUUGUGUAACCGUACAUUAUCUCCGGAGGAGGAGAGCUUGGGGUCGCGGGCGGAGUGCCCUCGCACGCCCCCGCUGCCGCGUCCCUUGGAGCCCCCGUGCUCCUGCCGCACUAGAGCCUUGCCGACCGAGUGCGCGAUGCCCCUGGCGGGCCUGAUGGCCUGCGUGCCCUUCAUCACAGGUACCCAGGACCAAACCCCCACGCCGCAGAGCCAGUGUUGCGCCGGGCUCGGGGCCUUCUUCAACAGCUCGUCGACCCUGCGCUGCCUGUGCCCGGUGAUCCUGGGAGACGUCAGCAAGAUGCUGCCCAAGCCAGUUGAUCCCAUUCGACUUAACCGGGCACCCAGCCCCAGCGGUAGUAGAAAAUUUCUCUCAGCUCUGGGAAGACAAGUCGUCGUCUCCUGCAGCUCUGUCGUCACCGUGAUAUAUAUAUCAUGCAUUCAUCGUGCAGCUCAUGAUAUAUAUACUCCAAAUUAAAGUUGAGGAAAAUGCCUCGUACGUGCAGUAGUAUCUGAUCCAUAUGUGUCAGCAUGCACUUCAGAAAUGAACCAUUAGGGUUUGAUCCAUGUAAGCUAAGAGCAUGUUCUUAAAUUUAAAGGGCACAAUGGCCAAAGACAAGGACUCUACUUAUCAUUCAAUUAAUAAUCAAGUCAUUAUA